AUGUACGAGGCCGGCAAUGCCAUCGGCCGUUCCAUCGAGAGCCCAUCGAAGUAUGUGGACGCCAUUCGCACCGCCGGCUUCGUUGACGUCACUGUAAAGAGGUUCGCCUGGCCGCUAAACUCAUGGCCUAAAGAGAAGAAGCUCAAGGAGAUUGGUAUGCUGCAUUACGUCAACCUCGACUUGGCACUAGAGGGGCUGUCCCUGGGCUUGUUUACACGCGCCCUGCGAUGGACACGGCAAGAGGUUUUGGAUCUCUGUGCUGAAGCGCGUAUGGACUUGAAGAACAGGAAGAUCCACGCAUAUUGGAAUGUGCAAGUUGUGUAUGGUAGGAAGCCAGAAAGGGCGUAG